AAGCCGCCGGGUUCCUUUUAUGAACAACAAAACCAUGAUGAAGGCAACAGGAGUCAGAAAUCUAUUCACUGCAGGAAGCCCCAGUAUCCGGUGAGAAAUAAGAAGUACAAGAGCACAGGAUGCGCCUUGGGUCAGGGGGAUGUGAAGAGCCUGCGGUCUUUGUGUCCUUCUCUGGGCUGGAGCUCCUGCUGCAGCUCAGCUCUCAGCUCCCCUCAGCGCACAGCUGGGCGCCGGAGUCUAAGCGCCAGUGACUGCUGUCCCUGUGGGGCUUCUAGCCUCUCAUUGAGGGGGACCCAGAGGACAGAAUGGCCACCUCCAGGGACCUGCUCCUGCUGCUGCUCCUAGGCCAGGCCUGGGCGGGGACUGGAGCUGACCCAGAGGCUGUGGUGUGCGCGGGGACUGCCUGCUACACGGCCCACUGGGACAAGUUGACUGCCACGGAGGCCCAGCACCACUGCAGUGUGAACGGAGGCAAUYUGGCCACGGUGAAGAGCGAGGAGGAGGCCCAGCACGUCCAGCGAGCCCUGGCCCAGCUCCUGGAGUCACAGAAGAGCCGUGAAGCAAAGAUGGGCAAGUUCUGGAUUGGGCUCCAGCGGGAGAAGGGCAAGUGCUUGGAUCCUAACAAGCCGCUGAAGGGCUUCAGCUGGGUGGGUGGAGGGGAGGACUCCCUGUAUACAAAUUGGCACAAAGAAGUCAAGCACUCGUGCAUCUCCAACCGCUGUGUGUCCCUGCUGCUGGACCUGUCCCUAACACCCCUCCCCAGCCGCCUCCCCAAGUGGUCUGAUGGCCCCUGUGGGACCCCUGGCUUUCCAGGAAGCAAUAUCGAGGGCUUUGUAUGCAAGUUCAGCUUCAAAGGCAUGUGCCGGCCCCUGGCCUUGGGGGGUCCAGGCCAGGUGACCUACAGCACCCCCUUCCAGGCCACCACCUCCUCCCUGGAGGCUGUGCCCUUUGCCUCUGUGGCCAAUGUCGCCUGUGAGGAUGGGGCCGAAAGUAAAAGUCAUUAUUUCCUGUGCAAGGAGAAGGCCCCCGAAGUGUUUAACUGGGGCAACACAGGUCCCCUCUGUGUGAGCCCCAAGUAUGGCUGCAACUUCAACAACGGGGGCUGCCAGCAAGACUGUUUCGAAGGUGGGGAUGGCUCCUUCCGCUGCGGCUGCCGGCCAGGGUUCCGGCUGCUGGACGACCUAGUGACCUGUGCCUCUCGGAAUCCUUGCAGCUCCAGCCCGUGCCAAGGGAAGGCCACCUGUGUCCCCGGACCCCACGAGAAAGACUAUACGUGCCGCUGCCCUCAGGGCUUCCGUCUAGACUCCAGUCAGCUGGACUGUGUGGACGUGGACGAAUGCCAGGAGGCCCCCUGCGCUCAGGAGUGUGUCAACACCCCUGGGGGGUUCCACUGUAAAUGCUGGGUGGGCUACACGCCUGGUGGCCCUGAAGAGGAGACCUGUUGGGAUGUGGACGAGUGUGCCCUUGGCCACUCACCCUGCGCCCAGCGCUGUAUCAACACGGACGGCUCCUUCCAUUGCUCCUGUGAGGAGGGCUAUGUCUUGUCCGGGGAGGACAGCACCCAAUGUGAGGAUGUGGACGAGUGUUCCGACCCCCGGGGCAACCCUUGUGACAGCUUGUGCUUCAACACGGAGGGGUCCUUCUACUGUGGCUGCCUGCGGGGCUGGGAGCUGGCCCCCGAUGGGGUCUCUUGCAUCAUGAGCCCUGUCCCCUCAGGAUCACCAUCUGGGCCUCCCCAAGAGGAAGACAUGGCAGACACAGAGGGGAGCACUUUGCCUUCUACCACGACAUCCAGCUUCCCCAAGGACUCUGAGAACACCUCCAAGGGCACAGCCACCACAAGGAGACCGUCCCUCUCAUCUAAUGCCCCCACUACCUCGGCCCUUCUGGAGAUGUCAGCCCCGAGUGGGGCCCCUGGCACCUGGACAGAGCCAAACACCCACCUCCCUAUAGCUGUAGCUGGUCAUGGUAAGGCUGCAGAUGAGAAUUCUGUGGCCACCCAGAGCGACUCUGGCACCGACGGUCAAAAGCUGCUUCUGUUCUAUAUCCUGGGCACAGUGGUGGCCAUCUCACUCUUGCUGGCUCUGGCUUUGGGGCUUCUGGUCUAUCGCAAGCGGAGAGCCAAGAAGGAAGAGAUAAAGGAGAAGAAGCCCCAGAGUGCAGCUGAUAGUUACUCCUGGGUACCAGAGCGAGCAGAGAGCCGGGCCCUGGAGAAUCAGUACAGUCCAACACCUGGGACAGACUGCUGAAGUUGAGAUGGCCUCAGAGAUACARUCAGCUGCCACCAUCCUUGGAGCUUUAAACUUCUCCUCUGAAGGGGAGAUCUUUGGAAAGACAGGACUGGAAUCUUAGCCAACAGUCAUACAACUUAACAGCCUGGCCACCUGGAAGUGUGCAAGUAUUUUCUACGUGCAUGUGAUAUUCCUGAUGUGCCAGCUGUGUGUUGGCCUGCCAUUGUGGCAAUAUUGUCAGUAUUUAUUGAUAUUUCUCACUUGUUCUCCCUUUUUAAAUUCAAUCACGGAUGAUUUCCUUUCUCUCCCCUGGUUGUGGAUCCAGGUUGGAGAGAUCAGGUGCUAAUGGGGUUCCCUGAGAAUGGCUUUUUCUGAUCUCUUCAUUCAUCYAAGAGAAAAAGUAAACUAUUGAUGCUAAUUAAGACUGAAAUGAUUUGUCCCUCUUCAUAUGGGAGAAACUAAGUCUGUUAAUUAUUUAAUUAUA